CUCCUCCUGCAGAAAUACAGUCUCUUCCUCCGCCGCUGCAGCCCGGAAUGUCUGCAAACUGAGAGCCAGAGAAACACAGAGAGAGAGAGAGACAGAGUGUUCCCCCACCUUUUUUUUACACACGCACAACUUGUGUUUCCUUUCUGCCCGACGAGGCGGAGAAAUAAAGGUGGUUGUUACACUGCUGCUGCAACGAGGCUUGGAUAAAAAAGACUUGGAGGAGGAGGAGGAUCCGAACAAGCUCUGUCCUUGACAACGUGACCACCGGAGGAAGAGAACACAGAACUGCUUCAUCAUGAAUUUUGUAAUGAAAGCUGCGAUGGGAGGUGGACCCCCUGAUGUGGGCAAAAUGCUGGGAGGAGAGGAGAAGGAGGAGGAUCCUGAUGCAGCGAAGAAAGAGGAGGAGCGACAGGAGGCGCUGAGGCAGCAGGAGGAGGAGAGGAAGGCCAAAUAUUCCAAGAUGGAGGCAGAGAGGGAAAAUAUUAGGCAAGGCAUCAGGGACAAGUAUGGCUUGAAAAAGCGUGAGGAGGCCGAGGCCGAGGCAGCAGCCGUAGAAGAGCCUGCUGCUGGCAGCUUGACCCGGCCUAAGAAAGCUGUGCCGGCCGGCUGCGGUGACGAGGAAGAGGAGGAAAGUAUCAUGGACACAGUGAUGAAAUACCUGCCAGGCCCUCUGCAAGAUAUGCUGAAGAAGUAGGCUAGCUAGCUAGCUAAUGCUAACAUUAUCUUGCUUAGUUCAUAGGCUACAUUGACAUGGUUGGCUUUAAUCCAGGUUUGUUUUCCAUCCACAUGUACUGUAAGAGCAAAAAAAUGAAGUAAGCGCUGUUAGUGUUCAGACAAAUCAAAGUUUUAUGGUGAGGAAAUCAGCCGUGAAGCAGCCGUUGUUAAGAGUAGCCUUUAGACUAAGCUGGCUAACCCAUUUGGCCAGGUGAACGUUAGCUUGACUGAUGUUAACGUUAGCUAUGUUACACUUAGGAAGCUAACAGCAAGCAGUGGGGCUAAAGACACAAUACUCAACAGUUUCGUCUUCCUAUUCCGAGAAAUUUUAGACUCCUUUUUCUCUCUCUCUUCUCUGCCGUAGCUGCAAAGUUGUCUGUGAAAUAGUAUCACCACAGUCACUCAAUUUGUACAUAAAUUAAUUAACACGUAAAGCCCCAAAUGUGGGCAAACAAUCAUAAAAUAUUAUAUGAAAUUACAUUAACUGUGUGUCUGUCUCUAAAAUAUCAAAAAUAUGUGAUAACUUGAUAAGCCAUAUUUUAAUGAGGAAAUUUAAAGACUACUGUUGUGUGCUCCUAAAACUACUGUUUUGUGUUCGACCAUGUCUGAAAUUUAUGUAAAGCCUUUUGCACACAUUGUUACACAUUCACUGUAAAACUUGUUGUCUAUCCACUUGACACUCCUACAGUGCCCAAACAUCAAAUUGUAAUAACAUUCAUGUAGUGUAGUGUUAAAAAAAAUGUUUCUAUUCCCCUGUUCUGUACGUUUCCUUCUUGUCUUGCAUGCCAUUUGUCUGGACAAGUGUGUUGUGUGACUAUGUACAAACCCCACGUCCCUUCGUCCUCUUUAUCAUGCAAAAAAAGAAGAAAAAAAAAAGAAAUAUUAAGGCAAUAAAUCCUAGGUUUGAGUGUUUUCACUACUUUGUUGAUAUAAGCAUUAAUAAUAUUAGUGAUAAAAAAAAAAUUACACAUAUGCCUCCAGGAAAUGUAAUUUACAGAGUUGCAGGGUUUUCUGUUUUGUUUGUGUUGAUCAUGAAUGAUCAUGUAGCCGUUCGUUCAACACGACUCUUUCAGCCAUAACUACAAAGCUUACAGUAUAUACUAUAACUAUCAGGAUGAGGGAAAUGUGGAAAGAAACUGAAAGUAUACAUUUAAGUAUGUGUUAAGAUUUUAAAGCUGCAUUAAACAGCAUUAACUAUGAAGGUAAAUCUGGAUUUCUGAUCAUGAGAAAGAGAUCGUUUUCCCUCAGUACACAAACAUGCACAUGGGCACUCGCGCAAACAAAGUGAAUAAUUUAGUCUGGCUUUUGAUUGAGUUACACUGGAAAACCAGGUUUGUUUUUUUUUUUUUUUUAAACAAACAAAAAAACAACAAUGUGAAAACGUGCUCCAUUUGUUUGUGGUGAUUGCUGGUUUAAGAGUGAUAAUUAAAACACUGAAGGUGACGUGGAAUGCCAUGAGCAAUAAAGGAUUAUCAUGUAUAUUUCUGCCUGAUAUUCAAUAAAAACUUAAAAUCUUG